AUGUCUACCGCAAUUGUGGUUGGCGCUACAGGCAUUCUCGGCCGGGAGAUCGUCCGACAACUCGGUCUCCAUCCUCAAAGAUGGAAGAAAAUCUAUUCCUUCUCGCGCUCUCAAAAGGAAGAAUUCCCUUCCACUGUCGAACAUCGCCACAUCGAUCUUACCGGCAGUGCCGAUGACGUUGCCAAAAGUCUCGAGGGCGUUCGCGCUGAUUUCCUCUUUUUCGCGGCUUACCUCCAAAAGCCAGAGGAGCAGCAAGCCUGGGAGGUCAACGGUGACAUGCUCCAAACCUUUCUUGACGCACUCAUUAAGAAUGGAAUUGACAAACAUCUCAAGCGCGUUCUUCUAGUCGCUGGAUGCAAGCAAUAUGGCGUCCAUCUUGGACCUGCCAAAAAUCCCAUGAUUGAAUCUGACUCUUGGCUCACAGACCAGUCUACUUUCCCGCCAAACUUCUACUAUCGUCAGCAGGAUAUUCUCAAGGCGUUCUGUAAAAAGACCAAUGGAAAAGUUUCAUGGAAUGUUACGUAUCCCAAUGAUGUAAUUGGGUAUGCUCGUGGAAAUUUCAUGAAUCUGGCGACGGCCGUGGGCAUUUACGCUGCUGUCAACAAGGAGAUGGGCAAGGAUCUUGUUUACCCUGGCGGUGAGAGAUUCUACAUGGGCUUUGACUGUUUUACCUGUGCUAAACUGCACGCCGAGUUCUGCGAAUGGGUCGUUCUUCAGUCCUCUACAGCUAACGAGGCGUUCAACGUUGUUAAUGGAGAUGUCGAGAGCUGGCAGAACAUGUGGCCAAAGGUCGCGGAUCACUUCGACACCAAGGUCGACGCAAACCAGUUUAAUCAGCCUCAUCCGUUGAGCUCAGCCACUGACCUGAACCCCGUUGCUCCCAUCAGUCUCUUCGAAGAUAAGGCAGGCCUCAAAGGUCUUAUCAAGCCUGGCAAGGUUGAGCAGACCGUCGACUUGGUAAAGUGGAGUCAACAAGAUGAAGUCAAGGAAGCUUGGAAGAAACUUGCGAAGCGAGAGGGCUUGGACGAGAGUGCCCUUGAGCACGCUACUUGGGAUUUCCUUGGAUUCGUGCUGGGAAGGAAUUAUGAUCUUGUGAUUAGUAUGAGCAAGGCACGACAGCAUGGCUGGAUCGGAUACAGGGAUACCUGGGAAAGUCUCUCCAAGACGUUCGAUACGUUGCGGGCUGCCAAGGUCCUCCCCAAGUUCAAAGUAACAGAUUUUCAUCCUCCAAGAUCGUCACAGUAUUUUGACUUGAGCUCCAUUGUCACCAUGUCCGUGCUAGUCUUCCGUGGCGCCGCCAUUCAUUCGCUUGAUCUCGACACUCUCGAGCUCAUUGAUGAUGCAACGCUAGUCAUCACCGACGGUCGCAUCACCAACUUCUGGAAGACAGCUCAAGACAUUCCCAAGGAUGCCAUACCCUCAGACGCCAAGAUCCACACCCUCCCCUACGGAGAAUUCCUCAUCCCCGGCUUCGUCGACACCCACAAUCAUGCCCCUCAAUGGCCGAUGCGGGGUCUUGGCCAAGGCCUUCACAUUCUAGACUGGCUCAACGACGUCACCUUCCCUGUCGAAGCGCGCUUCUCGGAUCCUGACUACGCCAAGAGAAUGUAUCAAGAUACUGUUCAGGACUUCCUGCGGCAGGGCAUCACAACUGCUUCAUACUACGGUUCGCGACACGCUGAAGCGACGCGCAUUCUGGCCGAUAUAUGCCAUGCUAAAGGACAGCGCGCUUUUGUGGGAAAGUGCAAUAUGGAUAGGAAUGCACCUGACUAUAUCCGUGAAGAAAGUGCAUCCGUUUCGCUGCAAGAGACGAAGGACUGUAUUGCUCAUAUUCGUGGGUUGAAGUCUCAUGACGCUGAUGAGGGGUUGGUGAAAGCUGUUGUCACACCAAGAUUCGCUAUCUGUUGUACGGAUGAGCUGCUUCGGGGGCUUGGAAAUAUGGUCCAGUCUGACGAUACUUUGGCUAUGCAAACGCAUUUCAACGAAGCUCAGCAGGAAAUCGACGCCACCACAGAGCUGUUUCCUCAAUUCCAAGGUAGCGAGGCUGACCUCUACGAGAGCUAUGGAUUACUCAACAAGCGCAGCAUUCUGGCUCACUGUACUAUCAUGAACGACUACGAGAAAGAACGAUUGGAGGCUCUCAAGUGUGGUAUUGCACAUUGUCCGAUUGCUAACAUGACCGUUGGUGGAGGCUUCAUGGUUGCUCCAAUUCGGGACUUCCUUCGCCGUGGCAUCAAGGUCGGUUUGGGAACCGAUAGUGGUGGUGGUUGGGCUUCGCAAAUGUUGGCUGUGAUCCGACAAGCUAUGAUAGCAUCGAAUGCACGAGAAGUACUAUCGGAAGGAAAGGACAAGGCGCUUUCGCUCGAAGAGGUCUUCUACCUAUCGACCAUGGGCGGUGCUAGGGUCUUGUGGCUUGGAGAUCAGAUUGGGAAUUUUGAAGUGGGCAAGGAAUUUGAUGCGAUAUGGGUGACCACGACUCGGGGCCUGCAGUCCGCUAUGACCCCAAGGGAAGAUGGCGAUUCGCUGAGAGGGCUUUUUGAGAAGUAUAUCAUGACGGGAGAUGAUAGGAACGUCGCUCACGUCUUCGUCAGAGGACGGCGAGUAGCGGGGAGCCGGGAUGAAUAG